UGUCAUCACGACGAAACGGGCGCAACCCAAACUCGCCGCCUUUGCGACCCGCCGCCCCCGAAACGACCGACCCGCUCCUCGCUCCUCUCCGGCGUGUCCAACCUACUGCUCCGGCUAGCUUUCCGGCGGCGGCGCGAUGGGUGAGCGGAAGGUGCUGAACAAGUACUACCCGCCGGACUUCGACCCGGCGAAGAUCCCGCGGCGGAAGCAGCCUAAGAACCAGCAGAUCAAGGUGCGCAUGAUGCAUCCCAUGAGCAUCCGGUGUGGCACCUGCGGCACCUACAUCUACAAGGGCACCAAAUUCAACUCGCGCAAGGAGGACUGCAUCGGCGAGACAUACUUGGGCAUACAAAUUUUUAGAUUUUACUUCAAGUGUACUAGGUGCUCAGCUGAGAUUACCUUCAAAACAGACCCCCAGAAUUCAGACUACACGGUGGAAUCUGGGGCUAGUCGUAAUUUUGAACCUUGGCGUGAAGAGGAUGAGGUUGUGGAUAAAGAGAAGAGGAAGCGAGAAGCAGAGGAGAUGGGCGAUGCAAUGAGAGCACUGGAGAACAGAGCAAUGGAUUCAAAGCAAGACAUGGACAUACUUGCUGCUUUAGAAGAGAUGCGGUCGAUGAAGUCUAGACAUGCUGGAGUCUCCGUUGACCAGAUGCUUGAAAUUUUGAAGCAUUCCGCUCAUCAAAAGGAGGAAAAAACAGUAGCAGAACUAGAUGAAGAAGACGAAGAACUCAUCAAAUCAAUCACUUUCAGAAACUCGAAAGAUUAUGUUAAACGGAUCGAAGACGAUGACGAUGACGACGAUGAUGACAAUUUUGGUAUACCAGGACAGUCAAGUGUCACGUCAAAGAUUAAUGGAUCAUCUGAAUCAAUGACGAAUCCUACAGAUGUCUUGACCAAAGCUAAUGGACCUGAGAGUGCCAAUAAAGAAGUGUUCCGUUUUGAAAACAAAUGUGUUGCUUACAUUUAAACAUUUACAAGCCUCCUAGGAAGCGGUUACAACUCUGAACACUAGUCAAUGGACAUCGGUUACAAGCCUCCUAGGAGACGGUUACAACUCUGAACGCUAGUCAAUGGACUAACACGGAUGUGUUAGUCUAAGUCUGUAAAUUGUCUUCUCUUGCAAAAUCUCUGCUGCCAACUUUUAGUCCGCCGUGUUGAAAACCUAUGGCAACUAGUAAUAGUUUAGACUACAGAUAGAGUUGUGUUUGGGAUACAUUUGUAACAUUAACAAAUUCAGAUUUUGUUCAAAAUUGAUAUUUUUCUAAUUUUUGUUUUAAAAUUGAGAUUAUGGAUGCAUCACUGCCAUCUC